CAGCGCUUGUUGCUGUUUGCCUGAAGCGCGCGGGUAGCGCGUCGCCAGGGCCGGCCUCGCGCUGUGCCUGGGGUGGCCCCGGGUGUUGCGGGUCCCGGGCCCCCGGGAUUCCAGACUGCAGGGUAACGGGGAUCCCUGAUGCACGGCCCCGCGCCUUCGUCCAGGGGUGCAGACCUGGUGGAAGAGAGGCGCGGGGAAGCUGCACUGGGGGCGUUCUACGUGACACGCGUGAGCCAGUUUGCGCAGCUUUAUAGAUGUGACCUACAAAUGUGACUUCACCCUGUGAAGCCUCAGUUUUGUGAUCCGUAAAAUGGACAACAUCGAAGCUACUUUACAGUGCUGUUGAGAGGAUUAAAUGAGGCAAUGCUUGUAAAGCUCUUUGCGCAAGGGAGCCUUGGAGGCAGGGCCUGGCGGGCAGAGCACACCUGCUGUCACCCAGGACCACAGGCAGCAUGAAGACCCCCACGGAGCCAGCCGUCAGUGGGAUGCAGACCCGCCACCUUCAACACUGCUGCCGCGGUGGCUACCGGGUCAAGGCCAGGGCAUCGUACGUGGAUGAGACUCUGUUUGGCAGCCCUGCGGGCACCCGCGCCGCCCCACCAGACUUUGACCCACCCUGGGUGGAGAAGGCUAACAGAACCAGAGGAGUGGGCACAGGGGCAUCGCAGACCUCGGGGGCCCAGGGGAACCAUGAGACCACCCUCUCCAGGGGCAGCACCCCGACCCUCACACCAAGGAAGAAGAACAAAUACAGACUGAUCAGCCAUACUCCAUCUUACUGUGACGAGUCGCUGUUCGGCUCCCGACCUGAGGGUGCCAACCGGGAGUCCCCGUGGAUGGCCAAGGGGGACGCUGCGAAACUUCGUGCCCUCUUCUGGACGCCGCCGGCUACCCCCAGGGGUAGCCACUCGCCCCAUUCCAGAGAGACCCCACUGCGAGCCGUUCACCCGGCUGGUCCCUCGAAGGCAGAGCCCAGGGUGGCAGCAGACUCCAGGAAGCUGUCCGUGGGUGGGUUAGACUCUCCACGUCCUCUGAGGCGGGGACGUUCCCAUUCCCUCACGCACCUGAAUGUCCCCAGCACUGCUCACCCAGCCACCAGUGCCCCCCACGCAAAUGGACCUCAGGGUCCCAGGCCUUCCACAUCAGGGGUGACCUUCCGGAGCCCCCUGGUAACUCCCCGGGCUCACUCAGUCAGUGUUUUAGUCCCAGCUACCCCCCGACGAGGUGGGGCUACCCAGAAGCCAAAGCCACCUUGGAAAUGAGGUUCUUUCAUCAGGGUUGCCCAUGGGGUCAUGGUGAGGGUGUAGCCCCUGGCCGGGGUCUUCUGGGGAGACCAGUAUCACCUGGGUAACCCCCAGGCCUCGGCGAAGCCCCCAUGAGGGCAGACACGGCAGGGGUGGGCAGUGCCUCUCUUUAUCCUGACAAUCUCUAGUUGCUCCCUGCCUUUCUCCCGCAAUGUGGUUUUGGGGGCCACCCCUUAAGAUGCCUCUCUCCAACCCUGUCUCAGCCACGUUCCAAAUCAGUGCCAACCUAGGGGCCCUCCACCUCGUCUCAUGUUGUCUUGCUACCAAGUGUGAGAAAAGUGAGAUUGCCAAUCUGGAGGGUCCCUUCCUCUCGCUUCAAGCCAAGCUUCCUGCUCAGGAUUAGUUUCCGGCUGGGUCUGAAGGCCUCAGAGUUCUCCCAGGCUCUGUGUGGCCCAUGGGGAAACACAAGGGCAUCUGGGUGAUACGUGGGUGAACAGCUUUUCAUUUUAAUCGUCAUGUAUUUCUUUUCAUGUAUUAAAUAUAUCAGUAGCUCAUCAAA